CGGGUGGUGCGUACGGCAUCUCACGGGUUAAGCAGAGUGGCGGAAAGGGGCUGCCCACAAGGUGGCGUACUUUCUCCCCUGCUUUGGAACCUAGUGGUGGAUGAGGUACUCAAGAAAUUGAGGAACUCUUUACCACAGGUGUACUCAAACGGCUAUGCCGAUGAUAUAAGUACUUUGAGUCGCGGACUGGAUCUGGGGACAGUGGUACAGGAUGCUCAGCGGAGUAUCAACAUAGUGAAUAGGUGGAGUCAGCAAGUAGACCUCGGCGUUGAGGGCGACAAGGUGGCUGCCAUUCUACUCACGAGUAAGCGGGUAGGGAGCGAAGCUUUACUUAGUAUUGCUGGAAAACCUAUUCCGUUUACUAAAUCUGCAAAAUAUCUUGGGGUCACAAUUGACAGCAAGCUAUCUUGGAAACCACAUUGUACGGACAGGGCUACCAAGGGUAUGAUGGCCCUGGCUGUCUGUAAAAGGGCGAUUGGACCCACAUGGGGACUUAGACCCUCUACAGUGAUGUGGAUGUAUAAAACCAUCGUCCGACCGACAAUGGAGUAUGGAGCAGUGGUGUGGUGCAGUGCUUCGAAAGUCAAAUGCCAUAUGAAACUCCUGGAUAGGGUACAGAGGGUGGCAAUGCUGUCGACCUCUGGAACCAUGAGGAGUACUCCCUCUGCGAGUUUGGAGUGCCUAUUCGGGCUUGAGCCGAUGGACAUUCGGAUUCAAAGAGUCGCACUUUCAACAAUGUAUCGUUUGCAAGUGAACAACCAAUGGUUGGGAUGGUAUGGGAGGGGAUUCAAAGGGCCUAUGUCACACAUGGACCUUUGCAAUAACCUCUCUAGUAAAGUAACCGUUUGCGGGCCUGGGAAAUCGGACCGUAAAAAGGCCUGUAGAGAGUGGGCUGAAAAAGCGCACAAAUCUAGGUGGCAGGACACUCAUCUGUGUAAGCAGACCAAACUCUUUCUUAAGGAGCCAUACCAGGCAAACUUGGGGAACAUUGUAAAAUUAAACCGUAACUCACUGCGCCAACUGGUUCAGGUAAUAACGGGGCAUAAUACUUUGAACUCACAUCUGUAUAAUUUGAACCUGGUGUCCUCCCCUGGCUGCUUGUGCGGACAGGGGAAGGAAACAGGGUAUCACUUUAUUACACAGUGUGAUUGUUUUGCGAUGACUAGACUUGUAGUACUCGAAGGGCUUUAUCUGACCUCCGAGGAAUUACUUGAAAUGCCGUUUGCCAGGUUAGCAAGGUUUAUUGCUAAGUCUGGAAGAUUUUUAAACAAUCGCGAAUGGCAGAAUUCGCAAUAUUAAACGCAAGUGUCCUUAGGGGAGUCGGCAAUUAGCCUUAAAUGCGCUACCGCCGCUGGCCUGGCUGUCUCUAUUAAUGAGUAGUCUGGUCACCCCACAUAGUACAUACAUACAACAUCGUCGCCGAUGUACAUAUUUAGCUAAUCGGAUGAUUUUGCUGAAGAUUUAUCCGCUGGGAUAAAUACAUUUGUCACGACAAUAGAUUUUUUGAAUGUAUCGACAAAAGCCAUGCACAUUUAUGUGUGCACACAUAUCGGGACUCGAUACACUGGGUGAUGAUUUUUUUGACGACGCUGUUUAGAGGAAGUAUAUUCAGAUGUUACACUUACAUAGAUAUGCAUGUACAUAAAUAUCUAUGUACGCCGAAAGAUCACGCAACUAGGUAAACGAUAAAUAUGAAGCUAUUUAUGUGUUUUAUUGGGAACACAACUUGCUACAUACCUAUAUUUAAUUUACAUAUUUAUGUAUGUACAUAUGCAACCAUUAAUGCUGCGUAGAUAAUUUAUAACUUGAUUUCGUUUAUCAUAAGAAUUGCUUAUACAUAUUUAGCCAUCUGAUAAUAAAUAAAAUAGGAUUUAUUCUGUGUUCUGAAAUGUUAAUAUACAUACAAUCUUUGGAUAAUCAGGGUUAUGUACAUACAUGUGCAUAUGUACAUACAUAAGAAGUUGUGUUUAGAUAAAGAGGAAAUGAAUAUCGAUCGGAACAUUAAAUUCACAUUGCUAAAGUUAAUGCAGAAUUAAGAGAAGAAAACUUUCCUCACAUUCGCAACAAUUGCACAAUAAAUGCCGUAAAAAUACAACACACUCUGUCAGACGAGGAAAAUCGGAACGAAAAGAUUAUUUCGUUUAGCUUGAAACAUGCAGAAUAGAAGUUCCAGAAUUAUUUAUGCAUGCACAUUUCUCUCCAUCGUUAAUUCCGUUAAAUAUCAAUUUAAAUUUGAAUUUGAUUAUUCUUAGUGUAUAAAAAGCAAUUUAUAGAUGACUAUGGGCAGUCCUUUUCCAAUUUGCUGUCAGACUGGAACUUCCAGUGUUUCUAGGGAUUUUGUAAAGGUUUUUAGAUUUCUGGAAAUAAUCGGCACAAAAAUAUGUUUGUGUUUUACACUUUCGCCGUGGGUGUGGCACUCCUCGUAUAUUAUUAUCUUCUCCGUAAAGAAGAUAAGACAGGGGAACCGCCAGGUAAAAUUAUGAAUAUAAGAAAAAUUACACAUUUAAUUAUGGCUAAAAUUUUACAAUUUUGUUCAGGUCCAAAAACGUUGCCAAUUCUCGGAAAUUUAUUAGACUUGAUUUGGGCGUCGAGUAAUAUGACGCAAUCGUUGGGAAUCUUGGCCGAAAAGUGGGGGGAAAUAUAUACUUUGCAAAUGGGAACAAAAAAGACUGUCGUGCUGACGUCGAAAGAAUCGAUGGAGACGGUGCUCAGCAACGAGUCCGCCUUGGGUCGCGAAGUCUCUGGAACAGUCUCCGACCGAGCGUUUCACAAACCGAUUGGAAUAUUAGCGUCGUCAGGUUUAUAUUGGGAAACUUUGAGGACGUGGGCUUUCAAAAAUUUGAAAGAUUUCGGUUUCGCGAAAUCCGUCGAGAUGGAGAGUUUCAUUCAGACCACUGCGGAAACGCUAUUUAACGAAAUUGACACCCACAUCGGUACCAAGAAGAACAGCGCAGCCAUUCAAGUCGACCUUCUCUUCCACCCUUCCAUCCUGACCAUCAUGUGGCAAAUGUGUGUCGGACGUCUUGACCCGGAUGAUAUGCCAAAGAUUAAAAUCCUCUCAGAAAAGGGGGACAGAUGUCUGCAGAGUGGCGUUUUCGGGACUGGAAUCGUCAACGCGUUCCCAUUCUUGCGACGCGUCUUCCCAAAUUUGCUAGAGUACAAUAUUCAAAUGGAUUAUUUCAAUACGUGCAACGCAAUCGCAAAGAGAAUGUAUCUCGAUUGCGAAGCAAAAUUAAAAGUCACGCAGAAAACCAAACCCUCAUCUUUGUUAGAAGCCUUCGUUUUGAACACCUUGAACGAUAAAGAAAUGUGCAAUUGUGAAAACUGGCAAAUCACAUUUCAGGAUUUAAUCAUGGGCAGUACGGAUACGUCCAGUUCGUUCAUGGAGGCGUUUGUCUUGUACCUCGUCGCAUUUCCGGAAGCACAGGAGAAAGUUUACCAAGAGGUUUUGAAAGUAGCGCCAAACGGGGGGUUUCCUGGGUAUGCGGAUCGAUCAGAGACGCCUUACACACAAGCCUUUAUUUACGAAGUACAUCGGAACGCCCGAGUUUUACAGAAUCUUGCCCCACAUUUGGCGACGGCGGAUAUAAAAUAUAAAAACUAUACGAUUAAAAAGGGCACCAUCCUCCUGGCUGAUACUCGCCUUUACAGCGAAUCUAAAGAGGUGUGGGGUGACCCGGAAGUAUUCAGACCGGAAAGAUUCCUAAACGAGGCUGGCGAGCUUAUGGAUCCGUCGUGGCAAAGCAUCGUUUCCUUCUCGUUUGGCCGACGAAAUUGUCCGGGUGAAUUGCACGGAAAAAUUGUGGGGUACAUGUUCCUCGCCGCGUUUGUGUUGUGGUACAAAGUUUCCAUUCCGAUGGGUCAACCACUCCCACGGUUGGACUUGAAACCUGGAAUCUCCUCGAAACCGUACCCUUUCGAAGCAGUCUUUACUCGACGAUAAAUAAAUUGGGAGAAGUUAAACAAAUAAGUAAAUACCAAUUUGUAAUGAUUUGUCAUAAUUGUAAAACAAUUACUUAUAAUUCUUGGGAUAGUGGGACGAAAUGGUAAUAAAUUAUUGAGAAAUUUAUGAUGCUCAAUUUUACUGAA